UAUUUCACUCAUGUAAAUGCAUCCGACUGCUUUUUCAUCACCGGCGACUUGGCUGAGAAGUUUGAUCCCGAUGAGGAAAGCCUCGAGGACGAAGUAUCAUCUUAUGCUUACCUCGCCCAUUCCGAUAUGCACUAUAGAAACUACGACGAGCUGGACCGCUUUCGUCUUCUCCCAAGCGAACUUAUCAUGAUCAUACUCGCGUGUCUACCAAGUAGAGACGUCUGCAAUGUACGGCUCGCCUCUCGAUAUAUAGCAGAUCUCUCCCCGCCGAACUUGUUCGACCAGCGAUUCUGGUCUACCCGAUUUGAUCCGGAUGCAGAAAUGGGGUUUGUCUUUACUGGCCCUUCCAACCCGAGACCGAUAGAGCCGGCAGAUUGGCGCUCGCUAUAUUUUAAAGCUAAAGCAGCUCUGAAAUCCGAGUUGUUUUGUGGCCUUAGAAACCGAAGUCGCGUCUGGAAUAUAUUGCGACACAUUUCCGACGCUCUAUAUGUAAUAUUAGAAAAUGAACAAUGGACACCCAACUCGUCCCUACAAUCUCAUUCGCAACCUCCACCCCUGGAAGCUGUAUCUGCUGAAGCGGCUUUUGGUUCAGGCCACUCUUCUAUGGGCCAACCGCUGCUUUUGAGCUGUCGACUCAUUGGAUGGCAAAGUAUCUCUUGGCCACAAUCUCUGAACGCCGCAUACAAGAAAAUACGGAUUUCGUCCGUGUUUUUUAGAUGGUAAGACGUACAUCAGUGGUUUUCAGUUUCUCUUCACUGGUGAUGAAAGCGAUGCCAUGUCGCUAAAGGCUGGGUUUACCAACCCACACAAAGAACGCGAGAUCACCAUAGAGCCUCGUAGCUCCAUCGAGCGCCUUGAAGUUGCCAUGAGUGCAAAAGGUGUAAUUGGGUUGCGUUUUUAUAUCCAAGACCAAGAAAAGUCAUACUCCUUUUCGGUAGGAGAUAUGAACCUCUCAGAUCCAGCAAGUGGCAUCUCUCGACUUGUCCCAAGUUACGGCAUGCGGU